AUGGUGGGCUCCGUGGGAGAAACCGUACAGGAGCGGCCUGCAGGAGGGGCUUUAGCGGCUGCCGAGGAAGCGAAGGCGGCCCCUGCAAAGGCGUCAUUGCACUACGGUGUAUCGACACCGCGUUGGGCGGCUUCGAAGUUGGAAGCGGCCCAAACCCUCUCUGCUCCACGCAGACGGCUACUGAGGCUGCUGCAGAAGGAGCUGUUGCUGCAGCUGGCUGCAAACAAACAAGGGGCCGACAUAGACCCGAGGCGCCGACCUCCCCACGCCGUCACUCCUGAGAGCAUCCUCGCCCGUUGGAUAACUGCCGAUCCGAAGCGGCUGAUGAGAGGAGUGUUGGCUUUUGGGUUGCAUGCUGCUGGCCCCUCUACCCUUACAGCCAUUACCCCCAGCGCUCCACAGCGGCCCACUAUCGGCUUUGUAGAGGCAGAAGCAGAGCCCACAAGCAGUCACACUCUUGCUGCUGCGUCUGGCGCAGCUGCAGCACCUGCUCCACGUACAGAGGCUGGAGAGCUCCGAGUAUCUUCGGGCGUUUUCGUAGCAGCAGCAACCGCAAGAGCAGUUGCUGCCGAUCCUUUUGAGGCAUAUACCGCCAGCAGCACCACCAGCAGCACCACUGCAAGCACCACCGGGAACAGAAGCAGCGGCGGCAGCAUCAGUGCGUCGUCUAAGGAGCUUGGCAGAGCAUCUGUGAGGGGCCCCGGGAGGAGCGCUGAAGAGGCGGCGAUUCGUGUGAGGAAGCACCAAAAGCUUAAAGAAGCGGGUGGCGGCGCGGGUUCUGUACAACUGCGCACUUUCUGUGUUUUGUGUCUGUCUCCUUUCCUUUCCGUGGCGGGCAGCUUUUUGUGUUGUGUUUGCCUUCACACGCUCAAGAGCAGCCGAAGGCCCUGGGCCGAGGAGGGCCGAAACGCGAGCACCGCCAAAAGGAGCCUCUCGUCAGUCCGCAGCCCUCCCGUCAAGAGAGCUGUGGGUCUGCUCAGCAUUGAGAGGCCGCAGAGGUGUCAGCGAUCCCCACAGGUCCAGCCAGAGGUGUGCGUAGACCCCAGCGCGCAGACGGCCAUGCGGCCGUCCAUGCGCCGCUUCACGGGGUCGGCAUCUCCUGCUUGUGCGGGGCUGCAGCAGCCUCACCAGGAGGAGCCGCAACAGCAAGAAAAGCAAGAAAAGCAACAGCAACGGCAGCAGGAGCAACAGCAGCAGCAACAUCAGCAGCAGCAACAACAGCAGCAGCAAGGGCAACACCAGGACGGUUGCGCG